CUGAAGGCAGCGAUGAGGUAAAUCGGCCUUUCUGCCGCCUGUCACCGCCUCCAGAUCUUUUCCGCAACGUCCGUCAAAGGAAUCGAAGCCAGGUUCAAAAAAGGCAUAAAUUAACUACUAUCUAUAAGUACGUCUCUCCCCGCAAAGCCUUUCGCGGACAUUGAUACCGCUUUCUACAUCCAAUUCCUUGGAACAAGUAUACACUUUUUGCGAAACCGGAAUAGAAAGGCAUAUCAUCCACCCAUCCGCACACAUACAAAAUGGACGGCCAAAUCGAUGUCGGCAAGCUCAACGAGGCGGAUAAAAGAGAAGUUCAACAAUUCGUCACACUUGAGGCGCAGAAGGCAAAUUUCCAGUCAAGCGUACACCAACUCACCGACAUGUGCUGGAAGAAAUGUGUCACGGGCAAAAUCUCCUCGGGAAAUCUGGACCGCAGCGAGGAAUCCUGCGCGCAGAACUGCGUUGACCGAUGGAUUGACGCCAGCACUGCAGUUUUCAAGCAUCUGGACAAGUUGAGAGGGCACUAGAUGAAUGUGUUCAUUGUUGCUGGCGCUGUCGUUGCUGUUUAUCGGUGGGAGUUUAUACCAGUUGAGCUGGGCUACGGAAUUAAUCGACUACAAUACCCCAGGCUGAAAAAAGACGGCGGCUCCGUCGUCUCUGGGCGGAUUCUUAUAUGAAUGGGAUUUUUAUAUUGGAAUGUGAUCGCGCAGGGGAUGCCGGCAUGGAGGGCCGCUGUUGGAGGUCGAUAUGAGUUUUCUUCCAUUUUUGUAUUGUACGAUAAAUAGGCAUGGAUGGGCAUCAAUUGGUUUAUGAUAAAUUAUAUUUAGUCCUGGUGUCGACACAUUGUAUUAAAUAAUUGUCGAAAUGUCAAUGUCAAUGCGUUUCUGGCACAAUCGGUUUACACAGGCGAAAAAAACCACCGGCACUACGUAGCAAGCAGCGACAGGGUAUUUACCCCGAUCUGACCUAGCAUGAACUUCUCACUGAUAGUUUUGAAUGCAAAAGGCGAAUAACAGAAAAAAGACAUGGGUUUCAUUCACAUCUCAAUGACUGGAGAAUUUGAGAAGCCACUGAGUAAUAUUUUAUUAUAAAAAAAAGGAA